AUUUUAUUUACUUCUGCCUGUGCCAUUCAUAAAUAUUUGGCUGCGAAGUGCGUGAUAUGGUUAUAAUAGUGUUUAUGGAAACAACGAUCUAAUUGCGUGAUUGCUAAAUUUUGUUUGAAUUGAACCAUAUAUUAGCUUCCGUUCAUGCUCGUGAAGAUGCUUCGUUACAUGGUUUUGUUAGUUUUAUUCAACGUCUACUACCCUAGCACUGGACUUCCUGUGAGAGAGAAUGCAUCUCUUUCUAUAGCAAGCAAGUUACAAAAUCUUGCCAAUAUUUGUGAAAAUUCUGUCAUCUCGGAAAUAAUCAAAACUCAAAUAAAACCUUGUAAUAUUAGCGAUACUAGUGAUUCGAAGACAGAAUUCAAAUGUUUGAUGUUUUACGACAUAAACUCACAGUUAUGUUCAGCAUUUCGCCGAUCUAAAUUCAAUUUAAAGGAAAGUUUCACGAGUAAAACUAAUGAAUUUCAAGAUAUCGAAAAAAUAUGCCAGCAUGCAAAGACAUGGACAUUUGCAAAUAAGGAAAUUUAUCCAGAAAAAGAACCUGUUGAUAAGGUCUUUAAAACUGAUCUAUUCUGCAUACAUAUGUGUUCAGUGGAGGAAAUUUUGAGUAGCGAUUCAAACUUUUUCUGCAAGUACUACCAGUGGGGACUCGAUAUUAUCCAAAAUCAAACAGCCUUUGUAGAACACAAUAGUGGAACAGUUUUAUCAAAUCUAAAUCCUUUUACUAAUAAUACUGAAGAUUUAAAUACACAAAAAACUGGAACAGGCACACUGACAAGCGAAAAUGUUGUCAACUUAACGAAAACAAAUUUGUCUGCUAACGGUAGUCCUAUAAAACCUCAAAUAACCACUCAAGAUUCAUUAAGUCAAAAUUCAAUAGUUAACCAAUCAGCUGCAAGUGGGGCUCGACAACCCGAUGCAUUGGUUCCAGAGAAAACAAAUAUAGCAAACCCACCUAAAGGUGAAAUUGAAAAACCUCCAGUUGAAAUUGUUCCCCCUAAUAAAAAUGAAGAGUUAAAAGUCGACGGUGAGCCAAAAGAGUCUGUAAAUGAAAGUCCGAAAGAAAAUCCACCAGUUGCCUCCCUUGAUGAAGACCAAGAAGAUGAAACUGAUGAUGAACCUGAUUAUAAUGCAGGUGACAGUCCAGACGAAGCGGUGCCAAAGCUUGCUGAGUCUGAUCCUAAUCUUGAAAAUCAAGAGCCUCAAAGAUCUCCUAAUGUAUUACUAACAUCUGGUCAAGACAGACACAACGUGCCAUUGUUAGAGUCGGAACCAAAUGGUGCUGCAAUACCCCAUAAAAAUAGAAUAUCAAUUGAUACAUCAGGGCCCUCAAUUUCAGAGACCUUUCCCAAUUCAAUGCAAGACAACUUUGCGGAAGAUGACGACCACUUCUUCCCAUUAUUCUUGACGGCAAUAAUAAUUGUCGUCUUGCUGUAUAUUUUAUAUCACAAUAAAAAUAAAUUUACAAAAGUGAUACUGGGAUUGUUAGUUGAAGGUAGACAAACAGGUCGACGUAGAAAUAGUCGAGGUCACGCAUACCGUCGACUUGACACACUGGAACAAGCAAUGAGCACUAAUACAGCAGCACCUCCAAGCAAAAUUAUAUACUAAAAUAUCUAUUUUAUGAUAUUAAAUCAGUGGCGUAGCUAGUCCAUAAUGAUCCCUGUAUCAAAAUAUAAAAAUUUCCCUUUUAUAACUACACUAGUAGUUGAAUUCACUCAAAAGGGUGUCAAUAUUUUUAAGUCUACUUGGGAUUGUAGCUAAGCCUCUGGUUAAAGUUAUGUGUAAUUAGUUUAUUUCCUUACAUUUUUUUAAAUAUAUAUUCAAAUACAGUACAACUUUUCUAAA